UUGAAACAAAAUAGACUUUAUCGUAUCGAAAAAAUCUCGUAAUGAUAAUAUCUUAUAUAUUACUUAGAACUACACGAACAUUGCUUCAAAGCGUAACACGAUUCGCAUGUUUCGUUGGAAUCUUAUCGACGAAAUGUCAAAAAUAAUGAAAUUACAUUGUGAAACCACUUGAAUCAAUCGUCAAACGCCGCAGAAAAAUUCCAGUAAAAUAUCCAGCAAUACACGAUGCGCGUGUACGAUCAACGAUGCGAGUAGUCGAAGAGUAUUUCAUCGGGCGAUGAUUUAAGGAACAAUUAUAUACAAAAUAAUUGAAUGGAAAUAUGUUCGUCGGUUAUGCGAAAUAAAAGUUUCGAGGUCAGUUUGAUCGCGAAAGAUGUCUUGCGCAAAGGAUUUCUCCUGCAUCGGAGGACUGGAGAAGCAGAUUCGUGUUGUAAAGGAAACGGUUCUGUUUCCGCUCAUGUACGGUGACAUUUACGCGAAGUUCAACCUGAAACCACCGAGGGGUUUGCUUUUUUACGGGCCUCCCGGAACAGGAAAAACGCUGGUCGCCAGCGCUUUAGCCGCGGAGUGUAGUAAUUCGGAACGAAAGGUUUCCUUUAUAUCUCGCAAGGGUUCCGAUUGCCUUAGCAAAUGGGUCGGCGAAAGCGAGAAAAAGCUUCAGAAGAUUUUUUCACUAGCUCAACAAUCGAAGCCUUGCAUAAUCUUCUUUGACGAAGUUGACGGUUUAGCUCCAGUCAGAUCUAGCCGCCAAGACUUUGUGCACGCUAGCAUUGUUUCCACUCUCUUGGCCUUGAUGGACGGCUUAGAGAACAAUUCAGAGAUCAUAGUAAUUGGAGCAACGAACAGAAUCGAUGCCAUAGAUCCAGCUUUAAGAAGACCUGGCCGAUUCGACAGAGAGCUAUACUUCCCGUUGCCAUGUUAUACGUCGAGGAAAGAAAUACUCUCAGUUCAUAUAAAAAGUUGGAAGCAAAAACCACCGCAAAAGUUUUUAGCGUAUCUGGCAUCGAAAACGGUCGGAUUUUGUGGAAGUGACUUGCAAGCUCUUUGCGCCGAAGCGGUAAUGUGCUGUGUUCGGAGACUCUAUCCGGAAAUAUACACUUCCAAUGCGAAGUAUCAGAUUAACGAACGUCAUCUUAAAGUUGAGAAACAAGAUUUUCUAAAGGCACAACAAAACAUCUUGCCAGCAUCGCAUCGUGUUACAAUUGUACCCGUGAAGUCUUUGUCGUAUAAAAUCCAGCCAUUACUUCAAGAAAAUUUGUCAUGCAUUCUGUCACAACUCGAAACUCUUUGUCCAACGGGAAUGUUAAUUUGCAAUGAUAUCACUGGUAGAGCUGUAUCGAGGUCAAACAGCUGUCCGAGGAUUUUAUUGUGCGGUGAUGACUCUCACACUCGUCAUCUGGGACCAGCAUUACUCCAUACCUUGGAACAUUUACCUUGUCAUGUGUUAGACGUCACAACUUUGUUCGAGGAAACAGGAAGGGCUGCGGAAGAAGCUCUCAUUCAAAAAAUGAAAAUGGCUCGAAGAAGUUUACCAUCGUUACUCUACAUUCCUGACAUCUUAGCGUGGUGGGAUCUAGUGGAUGAAGCGGCACGCGUCGUUUUUAGUUCUUUGAUGCAUGGCUUAGAUCGAUCGGUGCAUAUCUUAAUCUUGAUUACGGCCAAUUGCUCGCAAGCAGAUUUACCAGCAGAUAUUGCAUCUUUAUUCGAUGAACAUCAAAGCGAAAUAUUCGAAGUCAUGCCCCCUGGAAAACAACAGCGAGAAUCUUUUUUCAAGCAAUUAUUCGUUCAUUCGGCGUGUGAUCUCGAAUCUAAUCGUUCUUCACAAGGUAUAUUUGAUAAUAAUAUGAUACAAAUUAACGUUAAAAGAAAAAAUAGCGCAUCAGGCGAAGGACCACCGUCAAAACGUACAAGAAAUUCUCCGUCCCAUCUAUCCGCGUCGAGCAACGAGAAACUGACCGAGUUUGAAAUAGAGGAACUGCUUCGAACGAUCGUCGGGGCGACGGAAACGUGGCCGUGCCACGAGCUCGAAAGUCUGUUCGCUUCCAUCGAAUUAACUCUAGAAAAGAACGAGGAUGAUUUAUGCUCUGCAAUUGAAUGCCUCGAACGGUUUAAAGAAUUCAGAAGGGUAAAAGUAUACGUGAAGAACGAACAAAAAGAUUGAGUUAUCGUUUUUAAUUUAUUGAACUAUGUCGCGUAUGUAUAACAUCAUAGCUACAAGCGAUGUAUCCUUUCACUGACUGAUGUGUAAUUUUCAGUCGUUCGCUACUGUGAACUGUACGUCUAACGACCAUCUGUUCAAACCUGGACAUAUAUCAUCAAAGAGAAUUGACAGACGCAUGAUGCGAAUCAGUUGUGUAAUUUGUUAAUAAUAUGUGAUAGUUGAUCAUUAUCAUCGUUCGUGGUCGUAUGUGUACAUGUUACGUAAUGUG